AUUCUUAUUGUUUUUCUUUUCAUUUAUUUAAAAGAUGACAGGAUCCAUAAUCACUGAAGCUGAAAUUGAUCACUUGUAUACCAAGUUUGAAGAGCUUACCAAAGGAAAUGGCCUAACUGCCGAAACUUUGAAGAAAAUAUAUAAAGUUGCUCAAGUUGAAGUCACUGAUGAAGAAAUUAAUGCCCAAAUUCGAGCUGCUGAUGCUAAAGGUAAUGGAAAAAUUGAUUUUGAAGACUUUUUAGCUGUUAUGACGAAGCAACAUGAGAUUGAUUCUGAAGCUGGUGUUUAUAAAGUUUUUCAUUUACUUGAUACAGAUAAUGAUGGUCAAAUAAGUGGUGCUGAUUUAAAGCGGGGUGCUUCUUUAUUCGGUAAAUCUCUUACUGAAACUGAUAUUGAAGAAAUGAUGGCAUCUGCAGAUGUUGAUGGUGAUGGCAUGAUAAACUAUGAAGAAUUUUUAAAGAUUAUGACGCCAUCUAAAGUUAAUGGACAAACCAUUUUCUAAUACACCUUCAGAUACACACACACACACACACACGCACACACGCACAAAUCAAGGGGGAAGGAAAUAGGGUAGAAGCUAAUUAUCUCUCUUUCUUUUCUUUCUUUCUUUA